AUGAAUAAAAUUAAGCUCUCCUUUAGAAGCUCAUAAAAGCAAAAUCAGUUUUUUACUGAUUAACUUCCAAUGCUAAUAUUUUUUUAUGAAAGAGUCUGUAUUUUUGGAUCAAUAAGUGCAGUAAUUAUUUUUUCUUUAGAAUUUAUAUACCCAAUAGGAUUUGGCAAUAGUAAAUAUCUUAUAAUUUGUUUACCACUAAUAUUUUUUAUAUCCUUUAAACUCAUCAAAAAAUACCCAAAAUUAUUUAACUACAUUUUACCCAUCAAUAAUCUAUUAAUUGGUUUAUUCUACAAUAUCAACCUUUUAUUUAAUUUUAUACCUGACUUAAAUUUGAUGAUUGGAUAAACUGUUGUUUUAGUUUAAUUCAGCCUACUUUUGGGUUCAAACUUUUUGUUGAAUAUGGCUAUUAUAAUAUUUAACUUUUCUACUUUAAUUUUAGUUUAAACAGUAGUUUAGCACUCAUUUAAUGGAAAUUAAGUAAUGUUAAUACUAGGUAUUUUUAUUCUUUAAUAAUUCAGCUCUUAUCUUAACUUGUUUAUCAUAUUAUUCAAAUGAAUACCAAAAAAGAGAGUUUUUCUUACUUAAAUAGAGAGAUGAUGUGUAAUAUGGUAGUUUAAUAGAACCAUUUAGUAUAUAACUUAUGAAGGUUAAGUAUGAUAAACGAACAAAUUUUAUCAAAUUAGAAUCAAAAAAUCAAGCAUCAGAAGGAUUUUAUUUUUCUACUUAAGAAGAGUUUAGAUAAUUUAUAAGAUAAAUUCAAAUUCCAAAAUAACAAAGGAGUACAUUGAUAUAAUCAAGACUUUCAUCAGCAAGAUUAAAGAAUGAUUAUUAACAAUAAAAUUCUUAAGCUAAAAUAACUAGAUUAUCAAUUCCAAAUUUUGAAAAUUCAGAAACACUUGAGUAAUUACUUCAUAAAUCAUUCACUAAUUAAAAAACAGAUAAUAAUGAUUUUUUAUAAGGUUACGAUACUAUUGCAAAAUGCGACUAUAAAAUAAAAAUCCUAUAUAUAAUUGAAAAAGGAGAACCAAAAGCAAUUGUGUUACUUUAGUAAAAUGAAAUAAAAAGACAAUUGAUUAAAGCCAAAUAAUCUAGAGAUUAUUUAAGGAAGGUAAUCUCUUAAUUCCAAUCCUUAUUUGAAAUUAGAAUAAAAUAAAUCAGUUCACUUUUAAAUCCUAAAAAAUAAUUAUCUUAAGCUAUAUUAUUCUCAGAAAUAUCAUUUCGCUUAGUUCAAUUCAUUUCAGAGUAUUUUUCAAUAUGUAUUAACAAAAAUGAUAUUCCUAAAUUGAAAAUCUCUACAAUUAAUAUUCAUGAACUAUUACAAUAAAUAGAAAAUACUAUUAAAGACUAUUUAAAUUAUAAAUAGAUAAAAUUUUCUUAUUAAACAGAUGACAAUUUAAUUAUUACAAAUAACGCAUAUUUGAUUACACAUCUAAUAUUAAGUUUAUUGUGUUUCCUUAUUCAAAAAUCUCCAAUAUAAAUUGUUUUAUUAAUAAAUUAAGCUAACCAAUCAAAACAUUUGAAAGUAGAUAAUGUUGAUGAAAUUAUAAUUCAAAUUUAUGCUUAAUUUUUAGGUUCUCCAAAAAGAGUAUUUGAAAUAGAUUGUUUUAACUAAAUGAUAAAAAAAGUAUUAAAGAUUAUUGGUCCAAAUGGUUAAUUGAUAAAUGAAGACAAUACUAAUUAAUUUAGUUAGGAAAUAAAGUUUGAAUGUGUUAUCUUUAAGAAUAUAAACUCUUUUAAAGACAUUUUUUUAAAAUUCUGA